ACAAUGACCAAAACGCGGUUUCAAACUUUCAUGAAUUGAAAAUUAGAAAAAUGCAAACUCAAUACAGCUGUGUUAUACAAUUACACUCAAACACACAAAGUCAUUGCCUUCUUGUUAUCAGAUCUAUAUAUCCCAAAAUGAGCUAAAGAUCUUUCUUUUUCCUCCAAAGUUUUCAGAUCACUACCCCUCCACCUUUUUUUCUGGAAUAAGAGUCAUCCCAAUUUUGAAAAGUAGUCUUUCUUUGUUAUUUAGUUGUUUUUUUAAACUGGGUUUGUGAAAUUUCAAACAAAUCUUUGGUUUUUUUGCUUAAUCUGGAAAGAAAACUAAUCUAGGGAGGUGGGUUAGUUUUUCUAAGAAUGGAAAGUUCUAGAGGCAGGAGAGUGGAGAAGAGAGUGUACGAAGAAAGUUUGGAGGAUCAAGAUGAUGGGAUGCCUCAUUUAAAGAAGCAAAUGCUACCGGGUUUGGCUAGUGUGAUUCUGGAAGCUUUGAAGGUGGAUAGUUUGCAAAGACUUUGUUCAUCUUUGGAGCCACUUUUCCGCAGAAUUGUAAGUGAAGAAGUGGAGCGUGCUUUGACAAAAUUAGGCCAUGCGCAGCUGGCUGCAAGAUCUUCACCACCAAGAAUACAAGGUCCAGAAGGAAAAAAUUUGCAGCUUCAUUUCAAAACAAGGAUGCCACCUCACCUAUUCACAGGCGGAAAGGUUGAGGGAGAGCAAGGAGCAGCCGUCCAUGUUGUCCUGCUAGAUGCAAGCACUGGCAAUGUAGUGCAAACUGGACCAGAAUCAGCAGCCAAACUGAAUGUUGUAGUUCUUGAAGGUGACUUCAAUGAGGAAGCAGAUGAUGAUUGGACCAAAGAGCACUUUGAAAGCCACGAAGUAAAGGAGCGUGAGGGGAAAAGGCCACUUUUGACUGGGGAUCUACAGUUAAGUCUCAAGGAAGGGGUGGGAACGCUAGGAGAUAUUAUUUUCACCGACAAUUCAAGCUGGAUAAGGAGCAGAAAAUUCAGGCUUGGUGUGAAGGUUGCACUUGGAAAUUGUGACGGGGUUCGUGUUCGUGAGGCUAAAACAGAGGCUUUUGCAGUUAAAGAUCAUAGGGGAGAAUUAUACAAGAAACAUUACCCACCUGCUUUGCACGAUGAAGUUUGGAGAUUGGAUAGAAUAGCAAAGGAUGGAGCACUGCAUAAAAAAUUGAUCAAGGCUGAAAUCAUAACUGUUGAAGAUUUUCUCAGGGUUCUUGUUAGGGAUCAACAGAGUUUAAGAAAUAUUCUUGGGAGUGGUAUGUCAAAUAGGAUGUGGGAGAAUACAGUGGAGCAUGCCAAGACGUGUACUUUGGGUGGGAAGGUUUAUGUUUACUAUGCAGAUGGAACGAAUAGCACGGGCGCUGUCUUCAAUGAUAUCUAUGAGCUUAGAGGCCUUAUUGCUGAUGGGCAGUUCUUCCCUUUGGAAUCACUUGCACAAAAUCAAAAGAUUUCUGUGGAUUCUCUGGUGAAGAGAGCAUAUGAGAAUUGGAACCAAGCUGUAGAAUAUGAUGGUGAAGUCCUAAACUCUCUAUCCAUUGGAAAGAACGAAACAAGAGCCUCAGCUUCCGCUAUAUCCGAACACAAUCAUGUCACAACUACCCAGAACAAGCAGCAGUGUAUCUCCUUUCAACCAAGCCCACAAUGCCAAACCAAAAACAACCUUUCAAACUCUCAGUUGAUUGAAUUUCCAUUCAUAAGGUCUGAUUCAGUGGCGGGAAUGGCGAUAACUACCCCACAAGCUGAGUUAGCUGGCACCAUGGAUUAUGGAUCGGUUGGAAUGUCGGCCUUUGGUGGUUCUUAUCUUCCGGUAGAAUGGUCAAGGCCAAGGGAUGGGCACGGAUUUGAAGACUUCUUCUCUGAGGAUAUCCGAUCAAGGAGUUCGGAGAUGUUGGAGAGUGAUGACAUGCAGAGGCUAUUAAAGACAUUCAACAUGGGAAUUGGUUCUACGUUUGGCCAUUCUGAUGAGGCUUGUUUUUCUUACAAUGCCCCAUAUGAGCAUCAGUUGGGUCAGACAUAUGGACAAGAGCGUGGACGAACUUCGGGAAAGGCUGUUGUAGGAUGGCUUAAGUUAAAAGCUGCUCUGAGAUGGGGGAUAUUUAUAAGGAAGAAAGCUGCAGAGAGAAGAGCUCAGCUUGUUGAGCUCGACUAAAUCAAUCCCUCGGUCUAUUUUGAUUUUUGUGGGUUUAGUCCGAGUUGACAAGCAAUGGGAGGGCAAAGAGGGGGGGCGGUUGGUGGGUGUGUGUGUGUGGACUCAAACCUUUGUUUUCCAUAUUUGUCAAAAUGAUUAAUUUUAUUUUCCUUUCUUUUCAUGUUGUUUGUUAAGUUGAGUUUUUGUUUUGUUUUGUUUUGCUUUCUUUUCAGAUUACCAUUUCCCAUUGCUUGUCUGUUUUGUUUUCGGUUUCCUUUUUGUUUGGAUUAUUUUUCUUGGUUGUUCUUCCCUGGUCAAAGAAAGGCUGCUACUUGUACACCGUAAUAUCAUUUUUCCCCCCUGAUAAAUUAGAAAUAUAUUCCC